AUGGAACAAAUAAUAUCAACUGAGACAAAAUACUGGAAUGAUAUUGUGAUUCGUGUGAUUUCUGUAAUUAAAUUUCUUACAUCUAGAGGUUUAUCAUUAAGAGGUGAUAAUGAAGUAUUUGGUGUUACUAACAAUGGAAAUUUUCUUGGUAUAUUGGAACUUAUUUCUGAAUUCGAUCCAUUUUUAAAAUCACACAUAGAAAGGCACGACCAAUCAAAAGUAGAUCAGAUGGCACUUGUGAUUCAGUACUGCACAUCGUCAAGUGUUCAUGAAAGAUUAGUUCAAUUAAGUCCUAUCAAAAGUCAUACAGUUGAAUCAAUAUUUGUUCUUUUAGAAGAAUUUCUUGAAAAAGCUGAACUUAAUAUAGUAAAUUGUCGCGGGCAGUCGUACGAUAAUGCCUCCAACAUGAGUGGGAAAUAUAAAGGAUUACAAGCUCAUGUAAAAAAUAAAUGUGAUUUGGCUGUUUAUAUACCCUGCACGGCUCACUCCCUGAAUCUUGUUGGUGUUCAUAGUGUUGAUUGUUGUAUAGAAGCAGUCAGUUUUUUUGGAUUUCUACAAUGUAUAUUCAAUUUUUUUAGUGGAUCUACUCAUAGAUGGGACAUUUUGACCAAUACUUUAGAUAAAAAUGUGAAAGGCCGAUUACUUGUACUGAAAUCCCUUAGUCAAACUAGAUGGUCCUGUCACUCGGAUUCUUGUCAAGCACUUACUCAUAAUUACAUAAAAAUAAUAAAAGCUUUAAAAUGUAUUAGUGAAAAUAAUAGUGAAAAUGGAGACUCAAAAAGGGAUGCUAAAAUGCUUUUAAAACAAAUUUAA